GCUUCGUUCAGAGUAUGACGGUUUUGUAAGCAUAUUGUAAAGAAGACAAUUUUUUUAAAGAUAAAGUUUUAAAAUGAAGUGAACAGCGCUCAGAGGGAAAGGAAGUUUAGUAAUCCCAAUCAAGGAAGUACUGAUCAGAAAUAUUAUGAUCUUAAUGUUAUAAAAAAUAUUAUGAAUAACAAAGGGUAAAAGGAAACAAUUAAUUAAAUAAAAAAGCAAGCAACAUGUUUUCCUUGUGUCCUAAUUUCACUCCUCGUGGAAAUCAAUCAGAAGAACAAGCACAAUUUUUCAACUAUUACAACGGUAACGGAGGCAAGCAAGUUAAAGGAGGAUAUCUAUUACGUUAUAAAAAAACAAUUUUAUGGUCGAAUUCCUGGAGUGAAGAAUGGGUCGUUCUUUAUGACGACAGUACCAUGGCUUGGUUUACGGAACCUGGAAAGUCUUCGCCUAAUGGAAAAAUUUUAGUAAAAGAAGCCCCAGAAAUGUUGGCAAUUUCCCAAUGGACCGGCCAAAUUCCUCGACGGCCUCAUCUUCCAGAAGGUUGUUCGGUGACACAGUUGAUUGCAUUAGGAUCAAGACGAAAGCGUUCAAAAGUUUAUUGGAUGUUAGCUCAAUCAGAACAAGAAGUUAGCGAAUGGAUGGUGGCGAUUACAAAAACGCUACCACCACCCCCACAAAUUGAACUGAUUUUGGAAAAGCAUAGUUUGGGUAUUUUACGACGGCCACUUGUAAGAAUUAGACCUUCUUCACAUUCAGAAAUUCUGAUACGAAAUCAUGAAGAGAAAUAUGUUACAAAUAUUCCGAAAAUCAAGUCGCAAACACCUGUAGCAAUAAUUAAGAAGAACCUUGAACCAGAUUCACUUGAUAAAGGAACAUUAGCAUGUGCUAUUCCUUGGGGAUAUGGUUGGGGUUGGGUUACAUUACCUAAUGGAAUUUGGAAUGGCGCUUUGACGUGGUCACAAUGUGAUGAUGCUAUUUUAUUGCACGCGCUCCCUUCCACUGAUUGCACAAAUAUCGUUGAAGGUUGUGAAGUUUAUAAUCACAUUGGUCAUGGUGCUCACAUUGAGCCUUAUGCGCAUUCUGUUGAAGUCUCUGCAAUAGAUGAUGUUGCAGCUGAAGAUUACGAUUAUGCUGUUGAUUGUGGUGACUUCAUCUUUUAAAGGAAAUGAAUAAGAACAAAAAAUAUUUAACAAUUGCGCAUUAGAAGAAGUUUGAUACCGAUUUUGAAACUUUUAAAACCUGGAAUAUUGAUAUCGUUAUAUUUUUAAAAUUGAAUGCAUUAAGCAGACGAAGUUUUGAGCUUUAAUCAUAUUACGCUGCCAGAAAUUGUAUUGCACAAAGCUCAAGAUUUUCUAUCUAUGUCCAUACAACAUACAUAAUCAAGAAGCAAUCACGAUUGGCUCAUCAAACAUUUUGACAACAUAAAAUCUCUUUUUAAAAAAUAAAUAAGGAGAGAACACAAGAAAUGAGAAAGAUUUUUUACUUCACGAUAUCUUGAGAAUCAUCAACUCAUUUAAAAUGAAAGAAUUUUAGGAAACGAGAUGAAAUUUUUAUCGAGCAGGAAGUGCUAACAAUAUGUAUUAAAAAAAGAUUCUCAA